ACGUCAGAAGAGACCUCAGAAGAGACCUCAGAAGAGACCUCAGAAGAGACCUCAGAAGAGAUCUCAGAAGAGACCUCAGAAGAGACAUCUGAGGAGACAUCUGAAGAGACCUCAGAAGAGACCUCAGAAGAGACGUCAGAAGAGAUCUCAGAAGAGACGUCAGAAGAGACGUCAGAAGAGACCUCAGAAGAGACCUCAGAAGAGACCUCAGAAGAGACCUCAGAAGAGACCUCAGAAGAGACCUCAGAAGAGACCUCAGAAGAGACGUCAGAAGAAUCAUCAGAAGAAUCAUCAGAAGAAUCAUCAGAAGAAUCAUCUGAAGGAUCCUCUGCUGAAUCCUCUGAGGAAUCCUCUGCUGAAUCCUCUGCUGAAUCCUCUGAAGAAUCCUCUGAAGAAUCCUCUGAAGAAUCCUCUGAAGAAUCCUCUGAAGAGUCCUCUGAAGAGUCCUCCGAGCCUUCCACUGAAACCACUUCAGAAUCCCCAGACAUUACGCUAACCUCGUCUACAGAAACCACCACUGUUACUGCGGACAGCACUACACUUGUCACCAUCACAAGCUGUGAGGAUAACAAGUGCCAUGAAACCGAGGCUCCAACUGGUGUCACUAUCGUCACCGAAACCAUUUCCGGUGUCGUUACUUCUUACACCACGUACUGCCCAUUGACUUACCUCACCACCAAGACUUACACUGAGAAGAUCGUUUGUGUUACCGUCCCAUGUGAGGUUUGUGAAGAGGGUGCCACUACCAUCACCAAGACCAUCGUAUGUGAGGAUGAGUGUUACGAUGUUAUUGUCACUCAGACAAAGACCAUUGUUACUGCUACUGGUGGCUCAGUCAUCACUACUGGUAUUGCUAAGACGUACGGUACUGGUGCCGAGGCCACUGUUACAACUGUGACUGUUGUUAGCACUGUUGGUGGUUCACCUCUGACCACUGUUGCCGUUGAAAGCUACGGUGUUGCUGUUGACGAGGUUGUUAUCACCAAGUCCGAGACUGCUGAGGUUGUUGUCGGUGGUAGUACUACUUACUCAGUUUCCGAGGUUGUCGAGACCACUAAGGUCACUAACACCGUCACUUUCGAGGCUGCUUCUUCCACUGAAUCUGGAUCUUCUGGUUCCUCUGGUGAAGCUGGAUCAUCAGGUUCCUCAGGCGAAUCUGGAUCAUCGGGUUCCUCUGGUGAAGCUGGAACCUCUGGCGAAUCUGGAUCAUCUGGAACCUCUGGCGAAUCUGGUGAAUCUGGAACCUCUGGCGAAUCUGGAUCAUCGGGUUCCUCUGGUGAAGCUGGAACCUCUGGCGAAUCUGGUGAAUCUGGAACCUCUGGCCAAUCUGGAUCAUCGGGUUCCUCUGGUGAAGCUGGAACCUCUGGCGAAUCUGGUGAACCUGGAACCUCUGGCGAAUCUGGUGAACCUGGAACCUCUGGCGAAUCUGGUUCCUCUGGAACCUCUGGCGAAUCUGGUGAAUCUGGAACCUCUGGCGAAUCUGGAUCAUCGGGUUCCUCUGGUGAAGCUGGAACCUCUGGCGAAUCUGGUGAAUCUGGAACCUCUGGCGAAUCUGGUUCCUCUGGCGAAUCUGGAUCAUCGGGUUCCUCUGGUUCCUCUGGUUCCUCUGGUUCCUCUAGUGAAGCUGGUUCCUCCGGCUCUUCCACCACCGCGGAUAUCUCUGCUUAUGAAGGUGCAGCAUCUAAGAAGUCGGUGAUUUCAGCUCUUUCUGCCCUUAUUUUCGCUGUUGCUUUGAUUUGAUUUCAGAUCGCUUGCAACACGCUCUUUCACUUCGAAUUGGAUUCUUUUGUAACGCUUUUUGAUUUCGAAAUUUGUUCAAGUUUCCAGCGUAUUUCCAUUCCAUUGGGGCUCAUUAUUUUAUUUCUUCUCUAUAGGUGGUCUUGAGUCCCAGGAUCUGCGUUCCGAUACAUUGUUUUGUGUUGUUGUACCUAUAAUAUAUCUUUUACUUCUAAAUCAAAUGUAUUUCAAAACACCAUUGAGUUCCAGACGAUAGAAGGCCAUACUCAUGAAUCAAACAUAUGUGACUCAAAGACGUGGAACAGAGGUCGUCGGUCCAUGUUUAACAGACUGUAAAAUCCACAAGAUCAACAAACAUUGUACAGAGUUGAAUGUAUAACACCUAACCCAUUUUAGAAGAGUACAAU